AUCAUUGCUCCAGUCUUCAGUGUCACAUGAUCUUCAGAAAUCAUUUCUAUUAAUUCUGAUUAUGAUCCAUGCUGUGCUGUUUCAUAUGUCUGAGGAAACCGUGAUGCAUUUUAUUUUUUAGGAUUCUUUGAGGAACGGAAAGUUCAAAAGAACCGCAUUUAUUUGAAAUAGAACAACAUUCUAAAUGUCGUCACUGUCACUUUUGAUCAAAUGAAUGCAUCUUUGAUGAACAGAAGUGUCUGCUGUGUGUCUCUCUCUCUCAGGUGUGAUGGAGUCGGUGCUCAGGUGUAUGCAGGUGUGUCGGCGGCUGCUGGUGGUGCUGAGCUCGGACUGCCUGUGCGAGAAGAGCAUCAGUCUGCUGGAGUGCCGUCUGUGUUUGUACCUGCAUCACACGGCGCGCGCGCCCCUCAUCACCGUGAGACGGCGCGCGCUUAGCGUCCCCUGCGGCGAGAUCGCGGAGCUGCGCAACAACUCCACCUCCGUGCGCUGGCACGGCGCGCGCUCCGAGCGGACGGACUCGCGCUUCUGGAAGCUGCUGCGGCUCGCGCUGCCUCUGCGACCGCUCGCUCUCGGGAAAAGACUCAUCGAUAGCACCUCCUCGCACUCGGACCUGGCGUCCGUGGCCACGCGCUACACGCAAGCGCAGACCGUCUCGCUCAGUCGGCGUAGUAAAGGGGGGCGGGGCGGAACGAGGCACCUGGGCGUACGCGACAGAAGUGGGCGGCGCUGUGAGCAAAAGGGGCGGGGCUGUGAAAUCUGCGUAAGUUUUCAGGAAAGUCGGCGAAUUUGGAGCGGAGUUAUCGCUACUCAGUGGAACACACAUCUGCAUGAGCCUGUAGCCAAUGGGACGACUCCUUACAGCAUGCAUAACUCCAACACCGCACCUGGAAAUGACCCCAGUAGUGACCUCUGCCCCUGUGAACCAAUCAACAACAACCUGACAAAUGAGCUACAAACCACACACUGCUGACUCACACUUCUGGACAGCCAGCCAGCGACUAUCAUCAAUGAAAUGUGUAGCCUAAA